AUGGUUCUAAAUGCAGUACCAGCACGGAGCUGGGCUUUGAGACUGAAAAUAGUCAGUAAGAUACUUGACAGGUUACAGCUCAAGGUUGUACUAAGUGUGUGCAGUGGAUACAGGACGAUAUCCACAGAGGCAGCUUUCUUAGAGGCAGGAGUGCCUCCAAUGGAGCUGUUAGCGAGAGUCAGGACAAAAGUUUAUAAUGGGGUGAGAAAAGAGGAGGCCAGAACAAAACUCAUGAGACGUAGGCAAGAGAGGUGGGGAUCAGCAGAUAAAGGGGAGUGGACCAGAAGGAUUAUCCCACUACUACAUCGUUGGUUCUUGUAUGGACACGGACACACUAACUACCAUGUCACCCAGUUUUUUAAGUGGACAUGGGAGCUUCCGCAGCUACCUACACAAGAUAGGCAAAAUACAAACUGA